UCAAGAUGGCAGCGACCUUGUGUAGCAGGCUUCUCCCAAAAUCGGUCACUAUGAAGCUAUAUUGUGGAACUGGACAGCAUAAUCAUCAUCUAUCAGAGAAUACGCAACUCAUAUUUGAGGUGCUUGGCAAUGAUGGCUGGCUGCCAUUAAGCCAGAUUGUUCGUCACGGAUCCAAAGCUGUCACUUGUCACAGAAAGCCAGUACACUUUCUCAAGCAGAAGCUGAUGGCUGUCACAGAGUACAUUCCCCCAACACCUGCAGCUCCUCCUGGUGCUCUGGCUCCACGAGUCAGGCAGACUGAAGAAGAAAGUGCUCUGGCAGUUUUGUUGAGAAAAUACCUAGAAACCUUGUUUAAGGAAUUUAAGAUGAUUGCCAUGGUUCAAAACAAUGCAAUCAAUGCAGAGGACCUCAUGGUGCUGAAACACAAACUGAAAAGGCACAAUAUCAGUGUCAAGUUCUUCCCAAACCAUGUGACGAGGUCCUUUCUCAGCAACAGCAUUUACAGUAACAUGUGGCCUCUAUUUGUUGGCCAGACUGUGAUAAUUGUUAGUAAAGAGCCAAAAGUUAAAGAGAUGCUGCAAACGUUAAGGCACAGUCCUCAGAUGGUGCUUUUAGGUGCUUGUAUAGAGAACGCAUUGCUUUCAUAUCAAGGCAUUCUCAAUUACUCCAAACUCCCGUCUAUGACCACUAUUCAGGGUGAGCUAGUUGGUGGUCUAACCAUGAUAACUUCACAGACUGUCUCAAUGCUACUUCACCAUCCAGCUCAUCUUUCUGCCCUCCUUCUGCAGUAUGUCAAACAGCAAGGCUCUGGGGACUCCACAAAUGCUGUUACAGAUAAAGAUACAAUAAAGGAGGCAGCAGCUUGAAUUUACAUGGAGGAACAGCUGUGUAUGAUUGACAUAAAAUGUAUAUAAU